UGAAAGAACAAUCAAAAUAGAAAAGCUAUUGAAAUGAAUUUUAUUUUUGAGAAAAUUGUUUACGAAUGUAAGCAAAGACAGGCCCAUUCUUAAGCCAAUUUUAAAAAAUUUGCAAAAUUGAUUGCGCUUGCAAUUUUCAAAAGAAAAAAACCGUGAAACCCAAUACAAGAAACAAGAAACAUGCCGGAACUCAUCUAAAUCCACGAUUAAGCUUUUCCAGUUUUUCGCUCGAACUGCAUAAAUCGUGAAUAGAUCUCACUCAUGCAAUACAGGCAGCUGCACUUAAUGGAUAACAAUUAUUUUGCUCUAUCAAGGAAUUACAGUCUUUGGAGCCUUACCUGCGGGCGAGGAGUCGGUAUUGUGCACUUAUACCAAAAGUUUUUGCUGAAGAACUUAUUUGAAGAUUUUAGAGGGAGAAUAUGGCAUGAAAGAAUAUUUUUACGGAAGCCUUACGGAAGAGUUUCAAAACGUCAAGGCUCAAAACCUCAGGACUUACGAGAGGAUUUACCAAAUUCGCAGAGCUGCAGUGACGGCAUGCGUAGAAGAUUUUGGUCAACCUUCUAGGGCCUCGCCCUCUAUGGAAUAUUUGGAACCACUUAGAAAUAAUAUUUAAAGACGGUGAUAUCGUUACAUAUGUAAUUCGGUAUUCACUGACUAUUUGUAUUGGCUGUAAAGGAGAUUCACAAUUUUGGAUAUUAUUUAGCUCUUUUCUACAAUAUAUACCUCAAAAUAAAUAUUAUGAUCUCAAAAAUUCUAAAGACAAAAAUAGAAAAAUUGCCACUAGAGGGUGUUUUUCGAGUGAGUCGAAUAUUCGGUUGACAUAAUCACUCGGCAGAGUCAGAGAGAUGCCACUGCCGCUAUGAAGCAGAAUGUCGAAAAAAAAUCGGAUGAGUCUAUCCGCCAUCGCCGCAACAAUUGAAGUUGUGCCCAUCCAAAGAAUAUUGAUUUGUAGUCUUAGAAAAUCCAACAUACGAAAAAAUAUAAGACGAACGACGAUAAAAGCGUUGCACAUGGUGUGAAUGGACCCAAACCGAGAUGGCGACUGAUCCUGAUGCUUGCAGUGACUACGGAACUAUGUAAAUAGAACCAUGAGUAAUGACUUUUUGUGACUGCAUUGGAGGAUGUUGAUGUGGACGAUCUUUGGUUCCAAUAAGACGGCACUACAUGGCAUACAAGCAUUUAUUUAAGGAAACUUUUGGUGGGCAUAGGCCUGUAGUAUGAUCUCUGAGAUAGUGCGCUUUAACACCGCUGGACUAUUUUUAUGAGGUUAUGUAUACGCAAAUAAGCAAUUGAAGUCUUGAAAAAUAAUAUUCGGUGCGGUAUUGCUGACAUACGGUAGCAAAUGAUGCGAAAGUGGUCGAAGAGUGGGUCCCUUAGCUGGAUUUCAUUCGCUCACCUGUUUGAAAUCAUUUUUAAAAUAUUAUAUAAAACUCUUAUGUUCAGAAUUAAGCUAAAUGUUUGGCAUUAACAAUAAAUUAU